GGCGCGCCCCACACUUUGGGAACCACUGGUCUAGUUCAUGUUUCUGUGUAACUUUGCAGCUUGGAGGUGAACUUGGUCCAGGUUGGCCUCCAGGCCUUCAGAGGAAACUGGACCCGGAUGUUUGUGGUUCUGGUUCUCUGAGCUUCAGUUUAUUUGCUUUAUUUGAUUUCCAGCCAGGAUCACAGUUUUCAUCUGCUGAUCGUCUCCCAGCGGGUUCAUAAUCAGCUUCAGGUUUUUAUCUGCUGACCUCUGACCUCACCUGACCUUCAACUCAGCUUUUGGGAAUCCGAGGCGAAGCGAUUAGAGGAGCGGAGAGCCUACUGGUUAUUCCUACUGGUUAUUCCUGCUGGUUAUUCCUACUGGUUAUUCCUGCUGGUUAUUCCUACUGGUUAUUCCUGCUUUGCUCCGGAGCAACACGGCCAGAAGGAAAACCAUCAGGUUUCUGCUGCAGACCGAGGAGCAUCCAACCAGCCAUCCAACAGCAUCCAUCCAGUGUGAUCAAAGCAGCCAUCAAACUGAUUCAAACCAAGUUACACAUUUUACUGUUUAAAAAUGUUUUUAUUUCCUGUCAUUUAAAAUGACCUCUGACCUCAGUUUGAAUAUUUUAUGCUUCAGUUAGGCACUGAGACGCCCCCCACUGAGUGGCGCUGGGGUGAAGAGCCCUAUGGUCCUGCUCCUCUUCAUCCCACGGUGUUUGAACCAGAACCAGAACCCAGAGCUGGGUCCGAACCGGCAGCUCUUUUCUCAUGAGUCAUCCUCAAACGGACCGACGUAUGACGUCAGAGUUAGGGUAUUGACAUGAGUCGUCAGAGGUGAUCAGAUCAGCUGGGGGAGCGGCUCGGUGUCUUUAAGGGUGAGUGGGCGGGUCAGCCUCCUCUUCCUCCUCCCUGGGUGUGUGUGUAGGAGGAGGAGGGAGGUGUGUGUGUGUGUGUGGAUGUUUGGACCCGGCUGCCGGUCUUCCUCCGCGGCUCCUCUCCGCUCGGUGUGUAUAUAAAGCUCAGCGGGAUGCCAGCGCCCUGAGCUCCGGGAUGAAGAUGCUGCUGCUCGGUCUGCUGCUGCUGCUGCUCCCGGCCGGAGCCGAGCUGUCCGGGUCAGCCGCUCCGCUCCGGGGCCCGGCCCACGCCUCUCCCUCCACCCCGCCGCGGCUCCUCCUCCCGCAGCCCGCACUGGAGCGCGGGGCUCCCGGCGUCGCCUCGGCCCGAUCUGCGGAGCCGGCCGGAGGAGCCGGCGGCGGCGGCGGGCCGGGGGAGCCGGCGGCGGCGGAGCAUCCUCACCACGGCGGCGGGUACCGGGUGGUCCAAUGGGAGUGGAGCUACGUCCAGACGCCCUACGUCAUCGCCAUCUGGCUGCUGGUGGCCAGCGUGGCCAAGAUCCUGUUCCACCUGUCGCAGCGCUUCACCACCGUGGUUCCGGAGAGCUGCAUGCUGAUCCUGCUGGGUCUGGUUCUGGGCGGCGUGGUUCUCAUCGCCAGUAAGAAGCAGCUGUACCAGCUGGACCCCGCCCUCUUCUUCCUCUUCCUGCUGCCCACCAUCGUCGGCGACGCCGGAUACUUCAUGCCCGCGCGCCUCUUCUUCGACAACCUGGGCGCCAUCCUGACCUACGCCGUGGUGGGGACGCUGUGGAACGCCUUCUGCACCGGAUUCUGCCUCUAUGCCGCCAAGCUGCUGGGGGUUAUAGAGGAACGCGUUCAGGCCGACCUGAUGGACUUCCUGCUGUUCGGCGCUCUGAUCUCCGCCGUCGACCCGGUGGCGGUUCUAGCCGUGUUCGAGGAGGUCCAUGUCAACGAGAUGCUCUUCAUCAUCGUGUUCGGAGAGUCGCUGCUGAAUGACGCCGUCACCGUGGUCCUCUAUAAGGUCUACAUCUCCUUUGUGGAGGUCGGCCCGCAGAACGUCCAGAUGGCCGACUACUUCAAAGGAGUGGCCUCCUUCCUCAUCGUCAGCGUUGGGGGGACUCUGGUGGGUCUGGUCUUUGCCGUCAUCCUCGGCUUCAUCACCCGCUUCACCAAGAAGGUCCGCAUCAUCGAGCCGCUCUUUGUCUUCCUGCUGGUCUACCUGGCCUACCUGACCGCCGAGCUCUUCUCGCUGUCCGCCAUCUUGUCGAUGACCUUCUGCGGCAUCGGGGCCAACAAGUACGUAGAAGCCAACAUCUCGCAGAAGUCCCGGACCACGGUGAAGUACACGAUGAAGACGCUGGCCAGCAUCGCUGAGACCAUCAUCUUCAUCUUCCUGGGUAUCUCUGCAGUGGACAAGUCCAAGUGGGCCUGGGACACGGGGCUGGUGUCCUGCACCCUGGUCUUCAUCCUGCUCUUCAGGGCUGUGGGUGUGGUCGGCCAGACCUGGGUUCUGAACCGGUUCCGGCUCGUCCCGCUGGAUAAGAUCGACCAGGUGGUGAUGUCGUACGGCGGCCUGCGGGGGGCGGUGGCGUUCGCCCUGGUGGUGCUGCUGGACGCAGAGCAAGUCAAAGCCAAGGAUUACUUUGUUGCCACAACGAUCGUGGUUGUUUUCUUCACCGUCAUGUUCCAGGGUCUGACCAUCAAGCCUCUGGUGAAGUGGCUGAAGGUUCCUCGCUCCACCAACAGGAAGCCCACCAUCAACGAGGAGAUCCACGAGCGGGCCUUUGACCACAUCCUGACUGCGGUGGAGGACAUCGCAGGACUCCAGGGUUAUCACCACUGGAGAGACAAGUGGGAGCAGUUCGAUAAGAACUACCUGAGCAAGCUGCUGCUCAGGAAGUCGGUGUACAGGAAGAGCGAGCUUUGGGAGGCGUACCAGAAGAUCAACAUCCGGGACGCCAUCAGUGUCAUCGACCAGGGUGGGAACGUCCUGACCUCGGCCAGGCUGUCACUGCCCUCCAUGGCCAGCAGAGCCUCAUUCCCUGAAGUCACCAACGUCACCAACUACCUGCGGGAGAACGGCAGCGGCGUGUGUCUGGACCUCCAGGUGAUCGACAACGUUCCCGGGUCGAAGGUGGAGGAGGACAUGGAGACGCAUCACGUCCUGGCUGGGAACCUGUACAAGCCCAGGAGACGGUACCAGUCCCACUACAGCCGACACUUCAUGCCGCUGGGGGAGCAGGAGCGGCAGGACCGCGAGGUUUUCCAGAGGAACAUGAGGAGCCGCAUGGAGACCUUCAAGUCCACCAGACACAAACGGCACAAGAAGGAGCGCAGCCUGAAAAAGCACCGAGGAUCUGACACGAAGGACGAGGGAGGAGACAAACCCAGGCGCAACGUCAGCUGGCAGGACAAAGAUCCGGUGGCCGUUCCUGUGGAACCGGAGGAGGAUAAAGCUGAUCACUCCGAUCUGGAGAAGGAGGAAGAUGUCGGCAUCACCUUCGUUGCUCGGAAGGCGGAGACGCCCAAACAGCGACCCAAAUCAGUCCCAGCAGCUCUGGACGUUUGCCAGAGCCCGCCGCCCCUGCCCCCGUCGCCGCCCGGUGAGGACAGCCAUCUGCCCUGGAAGGGCGGCGUGGGGUCGCCCCCGCCCUGCGUGUCGGUGGAGGCCACCAAGAUUAUCCCGGUGGACCUGCAGCAGGCCUGGAACCAGAGCAUCUCCUCCCUGGAGAGCGUCUCGUCGCCUCCAGCGCCCGCCGAGCCUGUCCACCCCCGCGUCAGCGCCCUCUCCAGGCUGGGAGGGUCCCGCCCCGCCUCCUACACCGGCCCUGUCGGGGCGGCGCCCGCCCAGGCCCUGCCCCCAGCCGCCUUCUGUUUCCCUGAGAGGAAGAAAAAGAAGCCGGUGGAGGAGGAGGAGGAAGAGGAAGAGCCUGGCGCUUCGCAAGAAAUGCAGCCGCUGAUGUCGGCCCUGAAGCCGCCCGGGGUGCCGCAGGCUCCGCCCUCGCCGCAGGCCCCGCCAGGCAGGAGGAGGAACCCUUGUGUGUACCUGAGGAGUCUGGUGACCUCGCCCCCCGGUGGUGGCGCCGGGCCACACAGUCACCGCCCCACACAGCUCUGAACACGGCCACCAGAGGGCGAGCUGUCUGCUGGCUCGGCCAAUAGGAAACCAGCACAAUCACAUGACCAGAGAGCACCACCAGCUGAAGAUAACCUUCUGUCCUCAUCUUCAUCACCAUCAGAGUCCUUCGUCCUUCCACCAAACGUUCCAGCCAAGCUCCUGCUAGUUGGAAGCUUGGAAGGAUCUUUGCUCCAUCACAGCAGAUCAAUAUGAUUCAAUAACUGUUGAUGUUAUUGAAUCAGUUCACUGAAAAUGUCUUCGAUGUCUCCGUAACUCCCUCAGUUGAAAUGAAAAUCCAUCCUUCGUUUCAUAACUCUUUUGGUUUAUUGUUGUUACUUCAUACAGCAGGGGGCGCUGCAGAGCCCGUUUCCUGCCUUUCCCCUUUAAUUCUGUCUGAGCUGCUUAUUUAAAACACAAACAUGUAUUUUAUACAGGCCUUGUUUUUCUUAAUGCCGCUGCCUUAUUCUGUGUGCUUUAUUCCUGCAGCUGCUGCGGAAACCCGGUCCGGUCCAAACAGGACCAGCGGUUCCGCAAGAACAAAUCAUAAGUGAUCUGUUCCUGCAGCAGCUUGGCCCAGUCAGCAGGAAAACGACUUUUAUUUAUAAUAAAGGUCAUUGACAUGUUUCUGCUUUAACGUGCUGCUAAACCACAGAGAUGCCUGAAAUUAAUCCUGAGUUAUUCCUCUGAAAAUGGACAAAUAAAGAGAAAUUAAAUUGA